AUGAGUGAGUGGAUACCUCCCAAGAGACUUGGCACUUCAAAGGACGAACCAUCUCUCUCCAUUGCAACAAACUACCCUGCUAACUACUCGAACAAUAUAAACAACACUGUGUACAAUAUUCCACUUAUAAACGUAACCAGACAGAACUACAUUCCAAACAUAAGAUAUACGGCACUGCUAGACAACGAAAUAGUAAAUGAAAUAAACACAAUUCUAAACACAAUAGAAUAA